AUGAAUCCAAUGAUAACUAUCCCAAAAUUUGAAAAUCGUCAGUUCAAUUUUCGACUUAAAAGGAUCUUAACACAUGAUUCUAAUGAAACUAUUGGCCAGUUGAAACUAGUUAAAUCAACAAAUGCUUCCAUACCAUGUGGAAAACUUAAAUUCACUUUGGGAAAUGGCUUUUCGGAAUUAUCAAUAUAUCUUAACAGUAGUACGGGUGAACUACAAGCAAGUCGUUCAUUAUGGGAAAAGCAAGAAUAUCAACAACUAAUACUGAGUGUGAAUGUGAAAAGUGUUGAUAAUAAUAACUUGUCAGACAGUGCAUUGGUUAUUAUCUCAUGGGAAGCUGAAUAUGUGAAUAAAAAACAUAAUAAUAAAACUUGUUUUGAUAAACAAGAUUGCAUUCCUCAGGAAGGAGAAAGAAACGACUCUAAAUCAGGGAUAGUUAAACGUUCAUUUAUGAACUAUCAAGCUAUUGAACUUGCAUUAACUCGAGAAGAUAUUCAACCAACAGAAAAAAUUUGUAAUGGUGAGGCUUGGUCAGUUACUGCGAAAAUUAUAUUCCCGCCUGGUAAUCACAAUGUUUACAUUGAAUUAUAUGCACCUAAACACGUUAAUAAAUAUUGUGGUUAUGUAAAGUAUUUCGGCAAUCCAUUUACUGGUCGCAAUGUAAAAGUUGGUAAAAUCGACUUAAAUUCAGCUAUUCAAACAGAAACUAAUCCUGAUGAUCCGGAGCAAUUUAGGCAUAUCACUGUGGGAUUGAAAAACGUAGAAGUGAAAAACGAAACAAGUUCAACACUUCAAUCAUUUAGCAUAUAUCUGGAAUUUGCUGUGAUACUCUCGGAAAGUGUUGAUUUGACAUUAAAUGCAAGCUUGAAUGCCGGUAUACUUUUGCAUUCAAAGGAUUUAGUAUGGGUUGGUUUGUUCAAUCUGAUAUAUUCGAAAACAUGUCCAAUACUUCCUAUUGACUUAAAUAUCUCCUCAUAUCCAAAGCAUAUGAUACCGACUGAUAUCACGGUUGUAACUGCAGAUAUAUUUUUACCAAUACUAAAAGAGAACUACACUUUUUCAGUUUAUUCAGUUGGUCAGUCAGCAACAAUCGCUUCGCUAGAUUUGGAGAAAGGUGAAGGAUUUAAGAAACGUGAACCUAAAUCUGUGAUAAAAACUACACACGAAGAAAUACUGAAUGAUUCAAUUAUCACUAAACGAAUUGAUAUAUUUGUCGAAGAACUGCAUAAUAUUUUUGGACUGAUUUACCAUGCUCCAAAACAGAGCAAAACUGUCAAGUUGAUUGCUUAUAUACAAAUACUGGCCAGACCGUCAACUAGAGUGAUAAUUGGUUUUCGUGUUCACCCUUCAAAUAGAGAAGUUAUCCAUAAAGAAUGCAACAUACCGAUCUUUGUAGAUUCAGAUCGUAUAGAGAUGCUACCACCACACCUUGAAUACAAUCAUUCAUCUAUAGCUGAAACAGAAAAAUUCGGUGAUAUUAACUUUACAAUAAAUUUUCCUCAUUCGUCAAAGCAAACAUAUUCAUUAAAACUGAAAUUUGAUAAGUUUAUACUUGGGGAAAUAUGCUAUGCAAUUAUUACGGAUAUUGGGGCUGGAAUUAAGCGAAGGUUUCCUGGUUCUGAAAAACGGCCUAUUGUUGUCCUAGCUGUUCGCACUCCUACAACACAAGUUCCUACAGAAGGCUAUUAUACAACACUUUUUGCCGUUAUUACGUGGUCUGAGAUGAUUGUAUACAGUCCAGUACGCAUAGUUCUUCAAAUGUUUUCUCAUGAUUCGAUGCUAGUUGAACAGAAAUUUUGUUCCAUAGGUAAAGCUUUGGAAACAGUUGUCCCAAUUAAUGCUGAAAUGUCUAUUAACAGCAGCAAUGUUGGACGUAUUGAGCUACCUUCAGUCUUUGUACAAUCAGGUAAUAAUUACACUCAUGAAGAACGGUCAAUGACGAUCAAAUAUGUAAUAGAAAUCAAUGAGAUUAAAAACAUUACAGUAAACCUGGAUGUUCUAUUUAACGGAGAAAAGAUUUCAAAACAGAUUACAUUUGUUCCUGAUUCUUGCACAUUGCCAGCUCCAUUAUCUGUUGAUCAAAGACCAUUUGCACUGCUUCAAAGUCUUCUCAUAAGUCGUGCAGAUAAUUAUGUGCAUCCAGAUUCAUUCAGCAUUAUUAUGGCAAGUAUAGUUCUUUCUCCAAGAGCUAGGCAGAAAUAUACAAUGAAAAUUGAAACAUCUAAAAUUCCAAAUGAGGUUCAAUUGUUUACUCCUAAAAUUUUGGACACUGGUUUGGCGAUAACUUCUUAUAAAUUUCAGUUUAAUGUAACAAAUAACACAGCAUAUGUAGAGAUUGGUAAUCAACAAUUCGAAGAUAAUCGAGGAAAAGACGGCGCAAUUUCCAAAAACGAACCUACAUCUAUUAAUAUCAUAAUGCCGAUGAGUAUUAGUUCAAGCGUUUCAAAUUCCAUCGACCUAAAGCUUGUUUUCCCUGGUAGAAAUAAUACUUACGAAUUACCAUUUAUCUUUAAGAUUGGUCCUUCGCAGGCUAUGCCACCUACUAUUCUGUCAUCGAUAACAUACAAAAUUGAUGCGAUAAAUUUUGAUAAGCGACCGGAGUUUAAUGAUAUGCCUCUUACUCCAGGUGAAAUUGGACGAAUUUAUAAUAGGAUUUAUUUAAAUUUACCGAAAUGCGAAGAAUAUCAAAUAUCGUUUUCUACCUUACCUAAUUCUCUCUGGCCUGUUGAUAUAAUUGAUAUUCGUAUAUUGGAUGUUAGUAGAUACCUUUGGAUUUCCGAUUUAUCUGAUUAUCAAGUUAUUUUUUCUAGUAGACCUGGUUCAACUACGACUGAUACAGCUUUAAUGAAACUAAUGAUCUGUGCUCCUGCUGGGUUUGGAAAUGAUAUACGAAUCGAUGUAUUUGUUCGUCCAUGGAUUCGAAAUAAUAAUAAUGAAAAAUUAAAAAGUCAACAUAGUGUUCAAAUCAACGGAAAUAUAAAAAUUAGUAGUACUAACUCUGAAUUUCCUCUCAAUGCAUGUACUUUUAACGUUUCUGGUGAGAAAAUCAUGGAGCAAUACAUCCUUCAAACUAAUCAACCUUCAAGUGUUAAACAAAUGCUUGAUAUAUCGGCUUAUGCAACAGACAAUUUAACUCGACAACCAGGGGAAACUACCGAAUUCACAUUUCUUAUUAAAGUUCCAGAAAAUUCUAAAUUGCCAAACUGUUCAGUUGGAUUUAGUUCCGGUCAUAGUGAAAUAAAUAAUGAAUCAGAAUUGACUAUUUUAAAUGUUGACAUAGAAUUCGGAGGUGUAUUUCGAACUUCACAAACUGAAAAAUUUACAGUAGAAUACACAUCCAAGUAUCUUAAUGGACAGAAGGAUACAGCAUCAAUUGAUUUUGGCAGUUUGGUCAAUCCAGGUAGUUUUAAUGGACGCUUUCAAAAUAGCAUAAAAAUUAAUGUCACUGCUCGUGUAUCCGAUAGCAGAGUGGUAAAUAAUGGUUCAAAAAUAAAGUUAAUUAUGAUGGUGAAUUUCGGAAACUUCACAGGAACUACAGAAAUCUUUCAGCUGAUUAAAAGAAAAGGAAGUGAAAGAGCAAUCAUCUCUACGGAUUUGCAAGAGAAGCAUGAAGUUGGAAAAGAUAAACAAUAUUAUAGUGACGGAGAUAAACUUAUGUUAAAUCUAAAGAUUAAAAUGGAACAUAGCUCUUCUCUUGAAUGUUCCAGACACACACUGAAUAUUUAUCCUGGAGUGAGCGUGAAAAACGCAGAAGUUUCUUCGCUUCUGUCAGAUCUCUCAUUUAAUUAUUCUAUUGUACCUAACACCAAACAAUCUGGUCCACUGCAAUUUAAAGGAGGUUUCAUUCGCUUUGAUAAUGAAAUCUCAGUCACAAUCGAUGUCUACUUCAAAGAUAAAAUAAUUUUACCGCCACACAAGAAAACGGCAAAAUACACCAUUGUCACUGAGCUAGUUUGUAUUUCCAAUAACAGAUCUGAACAAAUUAACUCUUUCAUCAGUCGGUUCUUGAGCAAAAAAACUGUUACACUUGCUGACAUAAAUUUUAUCAAAACCACAACACCACAUUGUGAUACUAUUGUCAAACUUACAGAAAAGCGAAAUAUUGACAGUUGUCAUGCUCAAUCAUUGUCCACAUUGAGUGUCAACAAUCCGAUAGGAGGAUCACAAUCGAAUUCUACCAUUUUGCAUCAACCUAUAACCAUUCUCUUCGAUCAAUUAGUAUAUAUCAAUCAGAUUAUUUUGAUUUCAUUAAAUUUAAAUAAUAAAAUAGAAAUGCUAAAUAUUUCAUCAACUACUGAUGGAACAUCAUUUAAGCACAUUCUGACGGUGGAAAACAGUAUGACAAAACAGGAAACGAAAGAUACAUACUUUAAUCCUUUACUCACUACAAGAGGGUUACAUUUUAUUGCUGUUCAGUCAGAAGAUAAUACGCUAAAAGCGAACUUUACAGUCAGAAUUUACGGAUGUAAAGCGGUUUGUGACCAUGUGAAAUUCGAUCCUUGUUCCAAUAAAUUUAUUGAACAAAGCACAGAGAACAAAUUAAUAAAGACUAUACUGAUGACAAAAGAAUUAUUGAUUUACUGUGAUGCUUCACAAUUGAAAAUUGGAAAUAUUACAGAUGAAAAGCAUUGCUUUAUGAUUACUGGACCAGUCCCAACUACAGUGAUAGAUAUGGGACAGAAAAUAACAGAUAUCAUCAUGUUACUAAAACCUAGUAAUAUUAUCGCUGGAAAAAAUAGUCAUAAUAAUAGCACACUUAUAAGUGAGAAUAUGGGAAAGUCAUGGAUAGUUAUAAAUCAAUGGAAAUUAAAAGAAAUGUUAUUGCAAUCCUCUGAAAUUAUUCAUUCAUAUGAUACUCCAUGGCAUGAUAUUCAAAAUAAAUCCAAUGGAGAUCCUACAAUCAAUUUAUGCAAUGCAGAUAGUGAUCUAUGGAAGUUUUGUUACAAGGGAAUUUCAUGGGGCAGUCGAUUGAUCACAUAUUGGAAUGUUCAACAAUAA